AUAUGUAUAUGUGUGACGAUGAAUGCUAUGAGAUUUUAAGCCCUAAAGGACAAACUAAAACCACAAAAUAUUACUACUACCAAGACCCACACUGAUUUUACCAUAUGGCUGCAACUGCAACUACUACUACUUCUACAAAUCUCAAAUUCCAAAUCCAACCCAUUAAACCCAAACGCCGACGUUGCCGUGAAACCACCAUUACCACUACUACAAACCCUUCUCAUUAUUCACCCACCAACUGUUCGACACAAUGCCUCAACGAAACUCAUAAAGUUGAUACACCCACUAUCGUCUCACCAGACAACUCAUGGUGUUGUCCUGCUUCUAAAUCACCCUCGCCGUCGCCGUCGCCGUUGCCGCCGCCGCCGCAACCCAUUUCCUCCUGUUCCUCCUCGAUUUCGGAUAAUACCAAGAUCCGAUACUCGCCGACGACGUUCCCUCGAGUAAUGGAAUCUAUCGGUACCCUUUACGGCGGCGGUGGAGGAGGUGGUACUCCGAUCCCAAAUAACAACACCCACGAAGGAUUUCCGUCGUCUUUUAGUAAAUUCAACUCAGCGCUUACUGCGGGGUUGCUGAACCCAAUGUCACCGCCACCUUCUAUGGAUAAGACUCGUUCGAGUCCGACCCUUUUCGAAAUGAUGGCGAAUGAACCUGAAUGUAUUACGAGAUCGACAAUUAACACACCCAUUUCAAAUGGAUGCUCAAAUCAGAAGCCAGCUUCGUUUGUACCACUGGACAAACAGGCGUUAAUGCAACAGCGACUUUUGGAUCUUUUAGCUUGUAGAAGCCCAGGGAGUCAGUUUAAUGAUUCAGGUUCGAGUGAUGUGAAGUUAACAUUGAGUUCUAACGAUGGUUUGAGUGUUGCUAUGAAUGUUCAUAGGCAGAUCUUGGUGGUCCAUAGUCGUUUUUUUGCUGUGAAGUUGUCGGAGAAAUGGGUAAAGCAACAGAGAAAUUCAGGUCCUUACAUUGUUGAGAUUGCGGAUUGUGAUGAUAUUGAAGUGUAUAUUGAAACUUUGAGAUUGAUGUAUUGCAAGGAUUUGAGGAGAAGGCUCAUGAAAGAAGAUGUUUCCAAAGUCCUUGGGAUCUUAAAGGUUUCUGCUGCAAUUGGGUUCGAUGCGGGGGUGUUAUCGUGCCUGGAGUAUUUGGAAGCUGCUCCUUGGGCUGAGGAUGAAGAAGAAAAGGUAGCUUCACUGUUGUCUGAGCUUCGUCUUGAAGGAGUAGGUGCUGGGGAAGUUUUAAGGAGGGUAUCUCUUGAUGUUACAUCGGGAACAGAGAGUGGAAAUGGGAAUGAGGAAGUGCUUCUCAAGCUAUUGCAUGUGGUUCUUGAAGGGAAAGAUGAGAAGGCGAGACGAGAGAUGAAAGGGUUAGUAUCCAAAAUGUUGCAUGAGAAUUCAUCUCAUAACGAUUUGAGGAAAGAGUCAUUGUAUUCAGCUUGCAAUGCAUGCCUGCAAUUGCUCCGCCACCAUUUUUUACGGGCAGCAGAUGCAGACAUGAUGGAUGUGGGUCAGAUUGCACGACAGGCUGAUAAUCUACAUUGGAUUUUGGAUAUCUUGAUUGAUAGACAGAUAGCUGAAGAUUUUUUGAGGACUUGGGCUUCUCAGUCUGAAUUAUCUGAGGCACAUUCUAAGGUGCCUGCACUCCAUAGGUAUGAGGUUAGUAGAGUCACGGCUAGACUGUUUGUUGGUAUUGGUAAAGGGCAAUUACUAGCUUCCAAGGAUGCUAGGUGCUCUCUUUUGCAGACAUGGUUAGUGCCUUUCUAUGAGGAUUUUGGAUGGAUGAGGAGGGCAUCAAGAGGUCUUGAUCGGCAUUUAAUUGAAGAUGGUCUCAGCAAUACUAUUCUGACCCUACCGAUGGCGUUGCAGCAAGAUAUUCUGAUGUCUUGGUUUGAUCGGUUUUUGAACUCCGGGGAUGACUGCCCAAAUAUCCAGAGGGGAUUUGAAAUUUGGUGGAGAAGGUCUUUCUGGAGGCGAAAUGGUGAGCCUGAACGCCCUCGUCAAAUGCGUGUCAUGACUGCAACAAUUGAGAACUCUUGAGACUUUACCCGUGAAUGAGAUGAGGUCCCCGAUCACUCUGUGAUUGUCUUGUUUCAACUCUUGCUAUUCUUCAGUCCUCAUCUUAUACCAAUUUUUAUUGUCUUCUUACUUUGAAACAAGUAGCACAACUCAAUACUGCAGAGUCAAACUUACAGAGAUGAUUAUGAUCCAAGGUUUUUAAUCCGGAAGAAACCAGACACUUUUUUUUCUGUUUAGGUGUCAUGUGAUAUGAGAAUUUUUUUUUCUUUCUGAUCCCAUGUAGAGCUCUCCUGUCUGUGACUGAAUUUCCUGAAUCAGUGGUUUUAUCACAAAGGGUCAUCCUACUAAAAGGUUGUGCGACUUCCUGAAUGCUGAAAUUCUGUGACAGGGAGAAUUCAUAUCCUCAGUAUAACAAGAUAUGGAUGAACAAUUCAAGCAAGUUGACAAUUUAGGUUAUUUGAGACAUAAGGGAGAUUGUCACUACUUAUGACCAAGGGAAAUUACUAUUGGUUCGUGAUGGCAAUUCCAAGGACUGCAGCAACAUGGUGAAUUCUUGUUGUCUUAGGUCUUCAUCUAUCUUGAGAUCAUCAGCUCGCACGUGUUGAAGCAAGACUGAUCAUUUGUGCCUUUCUGGUUGCUAAUGAAAUUCAUUAUGUCUAUGCCCUUUGUGAGCCAGUUUGGUUUGGUCGUUAGGAUUAGAUGCACUGUUUUUCUCUCGCGUGAAUACUGUAGCACCAUAUUCCUCAGUGUGAACUUUGAAGGUUUUCAAUGUUCUCACUCCUUGAUGAACAGAUUUUCUGAAGAUUACCUUGUUGCUUGAUGUUUAACUUUCCAAUCACUAAAUUUGUUUUGCAUGAAAGGUGUUUGCUCGGC